UGUUGUAACGCUCAAUGCAGUAACAAAAAAAGGCAACUGCAUAAUAUGUCCGACUGUCGACAUCAAGCGUAGUUUUUAAGCAAACAAAGUUUACGUAACACCGGAGGGUUCGAGACUGAACAACAAACCAACUUUAAAACCGAACUCGGAUACGAAAAGUUGUUUUAAAGAAAUUCAAGUAAGAGCGAAAGGAGCUGUUCACUUUUAUUUCAAACACCUGGUUGUGGUGUUUGUACUUUGUUCUUCUCUGCCCGAUUGUAUUAGAAGCAAGAAAACAACCAGAAAAAGAAUUGGAAAAAUUUUGCCAGGCGUCUUAAAAAGAAAUAACACGAUGAAAGGAGGAUUCACGGCUCUAGCUGUUUACGUUGCGAUUUUGUGUCCUAUCAGUAUCUACGUUUUGGGCUUGGCUAAGGAAUCGCUUCCCAGGAAAACCAUUUCUUACAGUGAGCUUCAACUGACGUCAAUGAGGAGCUUUUUCAAGGGCAAUCGGACAACUUUUACCAGCUUCUUGGUGGAUGGACCACGUAACCGCUUUUAUGUGGGAGCAAGUAAUGCUGUCUAUGUCCUCAACUUGACUGCUGUGGAUCAAGAUCCAUUAAUGAUAGAAUGGAAGGUAACAGAAAGUGAACGUGAUUCCUGUUUGCGAAAAGGCAAGGUGGAGUUUAAAUGCCACAAUUACAUUCGAAUCCUGGAAGUCUGGAAUGAGACACAUCUCUUUGCCUGUGGGACCUACGCUUUUGACCCUCAUUGUGCAUUUAUCAAGGUCUUUGGUUCCGUCAACACAACACAGAGUAGAAUCGAAGGAAUGGAAAACGGGCGAGGAAAAUGUCCAUUUGAGCCGACACAACCCUUUGCAGCAACGUUGGCAGAUGAAGUGCUGUAUGCAGCGACAGCAGUUGAUUUUCAGGGCAAGGAUACAGCUGUGGUCAAGAGUAAGGGACAGGUUGAAAAGAUUCGCACAGAGGAUUCCGUCAAGUGGCUGAGUGAUCCGCAAUUUGUGGGAUCAACGUUUAUAAGAGAAAAUGAGGGAAGUGGUGAUGAUGACAAACUCUACUUCUUCUUCAGUGAGACAGCCCGGGAGUUUGAAUACUACAAGACAGUGCGAGUUCCUAGGGUGGCCCGUGUUUGCAAGGGCGAUAUUGGUGGCCAGAAGACACUUCAGAAGAAAUGGACCUCCUUCCUUAAAGCCCGUUUGGUGUGCUCUGAUAAAAUAAAUGAGAUGUAUUUUGAUAAGAUUCACGAUGUGUUUACACUGCAGCUUGACCCAGGUGAUGCAGGUUCAACUGUUUUCUAUGGAGUCUUUUCCACAACUUGGGACAACCAAACUGUUUCUGCAGUGUGUGCUUACAACAUUAAAGCUGUGCAGAGUGCUUUCAAUGGGCGAUAUAUGGAGUAUAAAAGGGAAGUUGACAAAUGGGAUGUGUAUCGAGAUGGAAUUCCGGAUCCCCGACCUGGGACGUGCAUCACUAAUCAGAUGAAAGAGAGAGGGUAUAAUACAACUUUGGAUCUUCCGGACAACGUGCUAAUGUUUAUUCGAGAUCAUCUUCUAAUGGCAAGUUUUAUUAGUCCAAUUGAUGGGAAGCCACUCCUAAUCAUGAGAGACACACUGUAUUCCAAGAUUAUUGUCCAGAGAGAGAAUUCCAGCAGUGGCUUGGGCUAUGAGGUUUUUUACUUGGGAACAGAAACUGGACAUUUGCAUAAAGCGAUCAAGAAAGACUCCAAAGUUCUUGUGGUGGAGGACUAUGUAAUCUUUAAACCAGAUGAGAAAGUGCUGAACAUUGCACUGCAUCAGGGGUUUGUCUACAUUGGAUCAUCUAACAGGGUGGUCCAGCUUCCAGCAGUAAACUGCAGCAGAUACUCCAGCUGUGAUGCCUGUUUCCUGACAAGGGAUCCAUCAUGUAGCUGGGAUGCACAGAAAUUGGAGUGUGUUCAUAAUAAAAGAGAAAACAUCCAAAGGUUUCUUCAAAAUGUGGAGUAUGACCAUCAGCAAGCUAAAACCUCAUGUAACAACGAAAAAGACCAUCCUGCCCCGUUGGUGAAGGUAGUAAUAGUGGUGAAGGGGACCACUGUGUUUCUUCAGUGCAAUCCCAGUUCCAGCUGGUCGACCUGUAAUUGGAAAACGCCAAAUGGAACCUUGGUCAACAAUGACGUUGUUGGAGGGAUUCAUGUAAUGGCCACACAGAGCACUCUGGGCGAUUACGAAUGCUUGUGUAUUGAGGAAGGAGUGCAUAUUCUUGAAGCUCUCUAUAGCCUGGAGUUUGAGUCUUCAACUAGUCCCAGGGCUAAUAAUUCUGUUAAUUAUGUCCUGAUGUUUGCCAUCCUGGUUCUUGGCAUUAUUAUUGGUGCCCUUGUCUACAAGUAUGGUCACUCAUGGUGGAAGAAAAAGUUGUCAUCUAAGAGUGGCUGCAACAGAGAUUACACAGAUGCACCGCAGGAUGGCACGGUUCACAGUUCGGGCUCCACUGAUGAAAUCCGGCCCUUGACCAUUACCCAGAGGAAUGAAUCAGGUUUAAAUGGAACCAAUGAGAAAGAGGUGAAUGGAAUGAAUGUGGGCCUUCCAAGAAACCAGACCAUUUCUAUCAUAUCAUGCCAGGAUGAAACAUCAAUUUAAUUGAUGGUCAGACUCAAGCCCUUGAAAAAUGUGUCCUGAAAGAGUAGCCAAGCAUUUGCUUUACAGCUAUCUUCUUUAUUGCAUUUGUGGUGUUGCUUUUAAUUCUGUCCACUAGUCUUUCUUCCAGGUAAGAAAGUGUAGAGCUUGGGAACAUGACCAUUGGCCCCCACUCAGCAAUUUUGUUGACACAUUUGGGUAGAGUGGGUGGGGUUUGCAACACCAUUUUGUUUACAGUUGCACUGUUUGAGACGUUGUGCAGGUACCAUGUGACCUUUCAUUUUCUAAAGACAACCCAAGUUUUGCCAGUUUUAUUUGCAAAAAAAAUUAAGAAAUUGAAAUAAUUUGAUUUUAUGAAUAAAUAUGCAUAUUGUUCUGCAAAUGCAAACCCAUAUGGAAAGACACUGGGUAACUGAGUUACUUAGACCAUGGAGCUAUGGAUUGUCUCUUGUUCUGUGUUGAAUUCACUGAUUUCAAUCCAGAAUAUCAGUGAGGAUGGGUAAACUACUCUGCCCCUGACCAAGAAGAGUAAAUAUCAGCCCUGGGAUUUCUGCUCCAGUGACCACUGCUGCAGAGGAUACUUCUAGACAGGUCAAGAAAUCAAGACUGGCCUCAAAUGUGCUGUCCCAUCCACUUAUAAUGAAGAGCAAUGUUGAAAGAGAGGCAGAGAAACUAACUGGAUAACUCUUUCAGAACGGCUGGCACAGAUGCAAGGUGUCAAAUGGUUUUCUUCUGUAAUGUAUUGUUCUGCUGGCUCAGGUUAUAGUGAGUGACCCCAUGUUCGAGGGUCUGCACCAAAAAAAGGAAUCAACGCCUUCUGGAUAGCAAAAAUGAUGCUGGUGCUCAAUCUGAUAAAAUACUGGGAUUGCUGGAAACCUAUUACCUGUUUAAAAUAUGUAAAAGUUGAGUUUUUUAGCAGUAAGUUUAUUGCCAGGAUAUUCAAUGCAGGUGUAUUUGGCCAGCUUUGAGCAGGAAUCUUGGUGUAAGUGGUACACAACCCUCUUCACAGAGUGAAUAUUUCUGCUCUGUGACCACUGGCAAUCAUUUCAGCCCCUGGGUGGAUGGGGAAAUGUGAAGAAUGGCUAAAAACUGAAUUCACAUCUUUCCUAGUGGAAUCCAGGUGUUCUGGAGCACAGCAGAAAGAAACAGACUAACCACAACUGCCAGUGUCUCCAUUUCUCUUUCCAAACUGUUUCAAUGUGGUGGAUUUCUUUAUACUACCAGAAGACUGGACUCCUGCAACCACUGUAAAUGUACUGUAAAUUGGAGUUUUGUUGAAAUAUUCUCAGUUUAGUUUUGGUAUUUACUGAUUGCUCUGUAAUUGAUGUAUGGAGCUUUAAGAUUUGCUCUCCCUUCUCUCCGAGUUCACUUUGUAAGGAUCCAUCAACUGAUGCUGUUCCAGGGUGCUUUGGACCUCAGUGGAAAUUGUGGGGGUAGAAAGGUGGGUUGGUAUGUUCACUCUUUUUUGAUUGUUCCAGGUUUAACUUGGAAAAGCAAUGGAUUUGAGAGGACCUAACUGCUGUCUUUAGGAUUAUUUAGAUUGUAGGCUCCACCCUGCUGUGUGGGUGAAGGUUCAUGUUUUAAUCUAACAAAUACUAUUUGUAUUGGUUUUUCUUGGUAUCACUUCAAAUUUCCUCUGCCAGUGGCUGACCUGUAACCACCAGUAUUUAGGCAUAAUUUCAAACUCCGGAUGCUAAAAUAAUGCCUAUUCAUUCUAUACUCACUUGAAAGGAAAAUUGGACGAUUAUGUAUAAUGUAUGGCUCAUCCUGAAUCAUCCAUUUACCCUAUUGGUUAAAGUUAAAAUGCAAAUGUCUUUUAGAGUCUGACACCCACAUUGGAUUGGCAGAAUGUAGAAUUGUACUGCUGGUUGUUCUGUACAAAGUUCAAGUGGGGCAUUAUUGAAAAUCUGCUUGACCAAGAUGUCCUGAGAUAGGAGUGCUGUUAUAAAAUAGGCAAUACUGCAUGCUUUUGUGCAGCGUUGGUACUGGAGUCUGCUCGCCUUUAUCAGUAUUCAGUGAAAAGCCUGAGCCUUUCCAGUAUUGUUCUAUAUGUUGAUUUUAAUGAAUUUUGAAUUUUUAUUCUACUUUAUGCAGAUUAGGGAAGAUUUAAAAUUGGAGUGCAGGGUUUUUAAAAAGGGGGUGGGGUAGAAUUAUUAAGAGAGGGCAAACUGGGGUGGGCUUACCUGGAUAGAUGCAAUGCCCGAUUAGUACUGGCCCAGACAGAAUAGGAGGGUACCAAGAUGGAUCUGCAAAGACAGCAGUGUGGACAACAGAGCUUUUAUCAAUGCCCCUAGUACAAUCAGGAGAAAAUAUCAUAGUGGCUUCUGUUUCCAAUUGCUGAACAGUGGCACAAGCCUGUGUGGGUGUGCAGUGGAUGAUAUGAUAAACUCACACUCAGCUAUGAUAUACCCUCUUUGUUGCUCCUGUCAUUAACUACCCUCGUAUCACUUGCUGUGUGGUUUCUGGUGUGAUGAUUAGGCACUGAAGGAUCUCCUGUUCGGAAAUGAAGCCCACUGCAGUUUGAUGCCUCAUGGAGAAGGAGAAAUUUAGAGUUCAGGGUGGGGCUAGAUGCUGGUAAGCUUAAUUCUUGAAUGGUUAUUCAGAUUUUUUGAAUGUUCCAGUUAGUAGCUACCUUUUUAUGUGAAUUUGUGUCCAGUUGUAAUGUGGUUAUAUAUUUGUUUCAGGUUUUUAAGGAUUUUUCUUCUAUCUAACUCAUUGCUGUAUGCUGCCUGAGCAAAAAUAUGACUAUGCGGUUUCAAUUUCAACCAGUGUUGAGCACCUGCAUAGCUUUGGCAGAAAGACAUGGAAAUGUUAAAUGUUAUUAUUAGCUGACUGAAGGAUUCUCGGUCUUCACUGCUGUGUUAUCUAAUGUUUUUCU